GGUCAGUAGAUUUUCGCCCGCAAGAUGAAGACGUUGUUUAAUAUUUUGCUCCUUGUGGUGCUCGCGUGUUGCCACUCCCAUCACGACCACGACCACCACGACCACGACCACGACCACGACCAUGACCACGGUCAAGAACACCACCAUAACCACAAACACGGCCACGGUCAUGGACCUAAUGAAGUGCCACCCGUCACCAAAAGCGCUUCGGGUGAGUUCCGCGGCGGGUACAACGUGACGCGACUCGGGCGGAAGUUCGAGACCUAUCGCGGGAUACGCUACGCCGAGCCGCCCGUCGGGGAGCUGAGGUUCCAGCCACCGAAACUAAUAACGGAGUACAAGACCCCGGUCGACGCGAGUGAAGACGGGCCGGCGUGUCCACUGCCAGCCCCGCCGGGCUACUACGUGGACGAGGACUGCCUGACCAUCAAUGUCUACACACCGCUCAAGAAGGACAGAAAGGAACCUCUGCCGGUGAUAUUUUUCAUCCACGCGGGUGGAUUUUACACCAUGUCUGGAAGAAGCGAUUUGGCGGGACCCCAUUAUCUCCUAGACAGAGAUAUCGUUCUUGUAACCAUCAACUACAGACUGGGCUCGCUCGGAUUCUUAAGCACAGGAGAUGAAUUGGCGCCCGGUAACAACGGAUACAAAGACCAGGUGGCGGCUCUAAAGUGGGUCCAGCGCAACAUCGCAGCGUUCGGCGGAGACCCUGCGAGCGUCACCAUCGCGGGCUGCAGCGCGGGCUCUUUCAGCGUCAUGUUGCAUAUGAUCUCCCCCAUGUCCAAAGGUCUAUUCCAUAGAGGGAUUUCCAUGAGUGGCUCUCCCAUCAACAUUAAGCCCACUCCGGAUAACAUGUAUUCAUUGGCCGUGAAACAAGCAGAGCUGUUGAACUGCCCCACGACCGACUCUAAAGCUAUCAUCGACUGCUUGAAGACUAAGUCGUGGAGGGAUCUCGGAAACUCACUACUCGGCUUCUAUGAAUUUGGCUUCGAUCCAGUGGGAAUAUGGAUGCCAGUCGUCGAGAAGGAUUUCGGACAGGAGAGGUUUUUACCCAUCGAUCCAGUUAAAGCUAUCAAGGAAGGAAAAAUGCACGCUGUCCCUUACAUCGUCAGUCAGACUCGAGACGAAUUCUUCUGGAUGGCCUACACGGUGCUGCGAAACCAAACCCUGUUGGACAGAAUGAACUCUGAGUGGGAGUCCAUAGCACCCAUCUCUUUCCUGUUGCCGCGCGACGCCCGCACGUCGAGCGUGACGCGCGCUCUGCGGACCACCUACUUGCACGACAAGGCGCUGCGGAAUGACAAGGAGAGCGCUAAGAACCUGGGUCUCCUGUACCAGGACUCCAUCGAGAGUUUUCCAGUUCACAGAUUGGUGAACCUGAUGUGCCGGCACUCGCCUCACCCCGUGUGGUACUACGAGUUUGCGUAUGUCGGCAACCACAGCCACUACGAGGACCCAGUCAGCAUGAAACCUGAAGGCGCGGCGCACCACGACGACCUGAUCUACCUGUUCACGCUGAGCUACCGCUUCCCCGACGUGGGCGCGGCCGGCGGCGACGCGCGCCUCGUCGACAGGAUGACCGCGCUGUGGCACAACUUCGCUAAGCACGGAGACCCCAACCAUGGAGACCUGCCUGAACUGGAGGGAGUUAAGUGGCCCCGCAUCCGGCCCGACAACCGCCAAUAUUUGCGCAUCGACAGAGAUCUCAGCGUGCACAAAAAUCUAAAGGAGGACAGGCUCAAAUUUUGGGAAGAACUUUAUCCUCUAACUUAUUAAGAUAUUAUAAUUAUGUUAUCUUUCCUUAGUGCUUUUAGUCGCUCACAUAUGUAUUUGUUUUAGGCGUGUUUUGUUAUUGUCUGAUUAUUAUUGUUAGUCAAAUAAGUGAUAUCUAUGGUUAAACAAAUAAAACUUAAUUUUAAAUACCA